CAUAUGGAUGGAUGAUGUUAGCAUAAUAAAAGAGCGCAUGGGCGUGUGUAAGUUUUACCGGACAAAGGAUGGGUCUAAAAAUGUAUUGGACAAAGGGGGGCAGCCCACCCGGCUAGAUGGAAUAGCGGACAGAGGAAAGACCUGAACCGGAAUAGUGGACAAAGGGAGACUUGAGCCGAAAUAGCGGACAAAGGGAGACUUGAGCCGAAAUAGCGGACAAAGGGAGACUUGAGCAAGGUUAUCGGACAAAAGAAGCAAGCGUGAUAAAUAGGCCGCUGGGUAGAAGUGUUUGGUCAUACCGCUUCAGUUCUGUAAUAUCGACGACAUCAUCAAACCUUGUAAACAAGAUGGCUGCACCAGAGAGUUUCUACACUGCGCCUACCUCAUCACUGCCGUCAUAUGACGCGGCCGGUAGUCGUAAAGAAGUACGCGAGUACGCACCAGCGAAGCCCGAAUGGUUAGCCAAUGCAGACCCCCAGCGACUUGAGCGACUGGAGCAGCGCAUGAUGACUCGUGCUGAAGAUCGAAGUGCACCGUUCCCAAAUUCUGACCCAAGCAAGCGUCGCCGAGCUGAGACUAUCCCGUCCGCUAGGUUCGAGCUGACCGACGUCCGUCACGCCGUGGUAGAACCUUUCAAGGGCCAGAUUUACAUCAAAAUUCGCGAGUUUGUCCAUGUGAAGGGUAAAGACUUUUGGAGCAGUCCGCGAGGCAUAAACCUGAGGGUCGACGAAUGGAAGAAACUGGUAGAAGUAAUGCCUGCCAUCACCGAGGCUGUGGAAGACAUGGAGGAUUUUUCUUUCCAACGGGAUCAAGGAAGCAAGAAGGUGAAACGUGACAGCGAUGCUCAGAGUGAUGAGGCUACGCCAGAUCCGGGGGAUGGCUUUCCAUGGGGGUAUACGGGUGACGCUGUACCAUACACCAAGCCCAGCGGGACACCGGAGGAGGAGAAGGAACGUGAGGCCUGUAAAGACCUUGCAUUCAACAUUAUUCAGGCGAUAUUCGUUCCUUGCAUUCUUAAGAAAGUAGAUGAAAUUUGUAGGGAACAAUGCUAUGGAUGUAAUCUGCCAAUAGAGAAAGACUUCACCCAGAAAAACCACGAGUGUAUAAUGUUGGACAUGUCUGAAAAGGUGGAAAAGUUCUUUGAUCAUGCUGUAGAUAACAUUUUAGAAACUGAGUUAGGGAAAUGUAGAUCCGAGUGGAAUUUAACUGCUAAAGACAACAAUCGGAUUGUUUCAUGCUAUUCGACUAUUCAUGCCAGAAAUCGUCUUUUUACCAAAUAUGUUAAUAUGCAUGUCGAAAAGAAAGUCGAUGAACCUGAAAAUGGUAGAGCCGUUUUGUACAACAUUUGUCAUGCUGAUAUAUGUUUCCAACAACAGAUGUUGGUUUAACUGUUAUGUUUACAUUCCUUAGGGAAUCGCAACAAGAAUUCAAUUUACAGUGUUUUACUUCAUGAUUGUUGACUGACUUGAUUACUCUAUCCAGUUUAACUUUGUUUUGUUUUUUUCUUUUGGAUUCUGAUAGUUAGCUUUUAUUAAAUGUUUUCAUAGUUUUGAUAAAAAACAAUUGUGUUUAAUAAUUUGAACUAAUUGGAAUUUUAAAAAAGCCUUGUGUAUAAAAAUUUGAACUACAUGAAAGUAAAAAAAAAAA